CAGCAAAGCUCCAAGCCACAAAGCUGAACUGAACUGACGACGCUCGGCUUUGCAAUACCUUUGAGCCCCUGAGUGCCAUGGAACCAGAGGAUGCGUCACAGCCGCUGGCCGAAAGCAAGGAAGACGAGGAGGAGCUCUUGGCUUGCUCGCAUUGCUCAAAUCCUAUCACCUGGCGGGAGGACAUUUUGCAGGAAAGAGUGAACACCUUCAAAGAGGCGGUGUAUCCGUACGAGCUCGCCGUCUGUGACAAAGAAAGCUGGUGUUACUUGGCCACGGACCCCCAGAACAACCGCUUCGACCUGAUCCGCACCAGGGCGACGGCGGCGGUGCGGCUGGUGGCCAGCCCCUGCGAGGACUACAGCUGGUUCCCGGGCUACGCCUGGCGCGCUGCAUAUUGCGACAGCUGUCAGGCUCAGAUUGGAUGGGGAUUCUGUGCGCCCUUCGUGUGUGGCGGCUGCGAGACCGGCGCCUCGUCUCCAUCCUCGAAGCUUUGGAACAUGGCGCCGCAAUUCCUCGGGGUCAUCUUGACGCGGCUCAGACCUUCCUCGCAGGCCAAGGCGCAGGCGCGGUUCCGCCAGUUCCGCGAGCUGUCCCAGACGCCUGCGGCGCAAGAAGGCCAUUUCAGACAUAGGUGGUGGCCCAUAGGCAGGGCCCGAGAACUUCUUCAGGCGCGAGCCGCCCUGGCUGGAGUACGAGGACAAUGUCGACAGUGCCUUCCGGCGAGCUCGGUCUCCGACCCCGCCGAUGCGCUUGCGGACAUCGGAGAGGAACCAGGCAGAGGCGCCAAGCCAGGAGCCGCGCUCGAGAGAGGAUGGGGACAUGCAGGCGGAGUUGCUCCGACUGCUCCGUGAACAGGCGCGGAUGCACAGGAGUUUACGCCAGCACCAGUUCGGCACGCCGAGUAACAUCCAGCCUGUGAGCGCAAGCCCGAGACUAAGCCCGAGCCCAAGCCAGAGCCCGGAGGCAGAGGAGCCUCGCUCCGCAUAUCCGGAUUCCGGCUUGCUCAGGUGGCUUCGGCGGCUGUUGAACAGCCGGAGACAGCCUGAGGCACGGCAGGACUCACCCGUUCGCAGCCAAGAGCCGCCAGACCGAACCUGGACUUUGAUCCGGACCCUCAGCAGCCAGCAGCAGCACCUGGCCGCUGUGCGCGACACGCCCGUCUGAGCAGCUGGAGUCCAGCCGGCGGAUGCAGCUCGCCUUUGCCCAGGAGCAGGUCUUCACGCACCAGCGCACCUUGAGUCAGCUGCGAGAGCUCUCGGUACGACAGCAGCAGCUGGCCAACGAGCAGCGGCAGCUGAUGGAGGACAUUAUCCGGCUGCAGGGCUCUACGCAACCCACGCCCUCGCAGGGCCAGCUCUGACUUACUCCAGUUAAUUUGGUUUGGAUAUGGAACUCACAAAAUUUCUGACCAACUCUUGGGAAGGCAAGUCGUUUGGACUGCUGAGCUGCUCCAAGUUUACCUGGGGCUCGGGCGGGCUUUCGGAGGGGUAGCUCUUCGCGCAACGGUAGCUUUCCUGCAUUCCCGGAAUCAAUUUCAAGCCUGCCUGGAUUGUGAUCACGUGGCCAGCACCUGCAAAUGAUGCGCAAGCUGAGCUCUUUGUGUGGCUGUUUGCCAGUUUCUUGCGUGUAGAUUCGUGCACAUGCUUCCCUGGCAGGGUGCUUGGCCUGGCGAUUCCCGCGAGACGGCGCGGCUGACACAACAAGUGUCAGCGGGCCAGCCACAAAGAUGGACGCUUUUUCUUGCGGCAGGGCCAUUUAUCGGCUGUGAGCAACAUGGCCCUAUCGGGUUUGCUCCAGCCUGUUUCGAAGGUAGGCCUUUGGGAGAGAAAAUGCGGAUCUCAGGAACCCGCCGAUUGGGGGCAACGUGCU